CUCAGUCACCUUUUUCCAUCUUUGCCUUCAUUCCGCACACCAUUGUUCCUCUGCAUUGUUCCUCUGCCCGUCAGUUUCAUUCUUAAUGUUUUCUUAACUUCAAACAUGUAGGGUUUUUAUAGAAACACAUUUUCCUUCAAAAACGGACGAUUAAGCUCAUUAGACUCUUAACACUGCAAGCUAAUUGUAUUUUGUUUAAAUUCAUAGGGUUUUGGAUUUUUCGAUGUUGUUCUGUUUCUUUGUCAAGAGAUCAAAUCAGAGUGAACUAAGUGUAAUUAAUGUGGUAGAAAACUCCUUUCAUACAGAGGUGCUACGUGAUCGCUUGACAAAAUUAGUGCUCAGGAGAACGAGACAGUUGUUUUUGAUAUGAAAGCUCGAACUCUUGUUACUGAUGAUGGAGGGAAUUCUGAUUCAAGGCAUGACAAGGGAUUAACUGAAGAUAAUACACAAGUGGAUCUUCGUGGGGAAAAUGGAAAAGGUGACGAGGAAGAUGUAUGUUUCAAGUGCUCGCAUGGAGGAACACUCUGGCGUUGUUGUGGAAGAGGAUGUCAAAGGGGGUAUCACCCAUCUUGUCUGGACCCUCCUCUCAAAUUUCUUCCUCUAGGGUUUUGGCAUUGUAUUUCGUGUGUUGAGAAAAAAAUAAAGCUCGGUGUGCAUUCAGUUUCUAAAGGGGUGGAAUGCAUAUUGGACUCCCAAGAUGUGGUUUCAAAAGGUGAAGUGAUGCGAAGGGAGUACUUUGUCAAGUAUCAGGGCCUCGCUCAUGCUCACAACCGUUGGAUUACAGAAAAACAAAUGCUUACUGUGGCUCCAAAGCUUUUGGAAAAGUAUAAGAAGAAACAACAGGCUGUCAGGUGGAAAAAAGAUUGGAGUAUGCCUCACCGAUUGCUUAUGAAAAGGGAUAUUAUAUUGUCCAAGCAAAAUGCUCACCCUUUUGAUGGACAUGAUGAGAAUGAUUCAAUUUGCCGCUAUGAGUGGCUUGUGAAAUGGACCGGUCUUGGUUAUGAUCAUGUUACAUGGGAGUUAGAUGACACUUCAUUUAUGACAUCAUCUAAAGGCAUGAAACUCGUGGACAAUUAUGAAAGUCUUCGAAUGAGAUCAGAUGGACUGUCAAAUCCUCUUGAAGCUAAUGAGGAGAGAAAAGUUUUUUUUACCGAAUUAUCAGUGAUACCAUAUGGAGAUUCACCAGGAUUGUAUAACCAGCAUUUGAGUUAUGUGAACAGGCUUCGCAUGUGUUGGCACAAAGGUCAGAGUGCUGUUAUUGUUGAUGAUCAAAUUGACCAGGAGCGGGUUAGGAAGGUGAUUUUGUUUAUAUUAUCUUUGAGUUGUAAUGUGAAAAGGCCUUUUCUCAUCAUCUCAACUUCCACUGGCAUCUCUGCAUGGGAAACAGAAUUCUUACAUUUGGCACCAUCUGCCAAUGUUGUAGUUUACAAGGGAAACAAAGAUGUACGCUGUAGCAUCAGGGCAUUAGAGUUUUAUAAUGAAGAUGGUGGUAUUUUAUUUCAAAUAUUACUAUCAUCAUCUGAAAUUAUUAUUGAGGACUUACAUGCACUAAGAUACAUUCAAUGGGAAGCAAUAAUAAUUGAUGAAUGCCAGCGAUCCAAAAUUUUAGGUCACAUUGACAACAUCAACAUUCUCGCAGCUGAGAUGAGGCUCCUUCUCAUUAGUGGACAAAUCAAGGAAGAUCGAGCUGACUAUAUCAAACUGCUUUCAUUCCUUCAGUCUGGACAUGAUGAGUUAAAUAUUUCUAUGAAGGAGACUUACCUAUCUGCAAGCAUUUCCAAUUUGAAGAGUCAAUUGGAACAAUAUAUUGCAUUUAAGGGCAAUUCUGGCUCCAGCAGGUUUAUAGAGUAUUGGGUUCCUGCCCAGCUUUCUAGUUUGCAGCUUGAGCAGUAUUGUUCGAUGCUGCUUUCAAACUCAAUGUUAUUAUGCUCAGGCCAAAAGUAUGACUCAGUUGACGCCCUCCGUGACCUUAUUAUUUCAACCAGGAAGUGCUGCAACCACCCUUUUCUUCUCAACCAGUCACUGAAUAGUUUAUUGAUUAGAGGUCUACCUGUUGAAGAGCAUUUAGAUAUUGGAAUAAGAGCAAGUGGAAAACUGCAACUUCUUGAAAAAAUCCUUUUUGAAGCUAAAACUCGUGAGCUAAGAGUGAUAAUAAUAUUUCAGUCUAGUGGUGGUUCUGGAUCAAUUGGAGAUAUUUUGGAUGAUGUUCUCUGUCACAAAUUUGGAAAAGAUUGCUAUGUACGAUAUGGUAGGGGUUACAUUCCUUCAAAGAAACAAGCUGCUUUGGAUACUUUUAAUGAUAGAGAAAGUGGCAAAUUUGUUUUCUUGAUAGAGAGCCGUGCUUGUCUCCCUAGCGUUAAGCUCUCAUCUGUAGAUACUGUUAUAUUAUUUGACAGUGACUGGGACCCGCAAAAUGACCUAAAAUGCGUACAAAAGAUGUCUAUCAGCUCAAAGUUUAACGAGUUAACAGUUUUGAGAUUGUACUCAUACUUCACUGUUGAAGAAAGGGUUUUAAUGCUUGCAAAAGAGGGUGUAGCUCUUGACAGCAAUAUGCAGUUAGUUAACCAGAGUAGUACUUAUCACACCCUGCUAAAAUGGGGUGCUUCCUAUCUGUUUAGUAAGCUUGACGACUUUCACGGAAGUGACACCUCAGUGUCUGCUUCAGAUAUCUCUGAUCAGUCAAUUCUAAAUGAUGUAAUCUGUGAAUUAUCAUCCAAAUUAGUUUGUGAUAGGGAUGGCAGUGAUUGUCACGGACAGUCAUUCUUAUCAAGAGUACAACAGAAUGGAGCGGAAUAUGCAAAGAGCAUUUCAUUGCUAGGAGAAAGAGAAAUGAAGAAAUUGAGCAAUGAAACACAUACUUUUUCCUGGAGUGAUCACCUCAAAGGAAGGAAUCCUCAAUGGAAGUUUUUGCCUGUUUCGUCUCAAAGGAUCAGAAAAACAGUUGAAUAUUUUCAUCACAUACCAGAAGGAUCUGAAUAUGAAAAUGAUUCCAUUAUAUGUAAGAGGAGGACAGAGUCCAAGGAUAAUGUUUAUCCCACAAGAAAGAAAGUGUCCAAGGAUAAUGUAGAUCCCGAGGAGAGGAAAGUCACCAAGGAUAAUGUUGACCCCAAAAGAAGGAAAGUGUCUGAGGAUAUUGUUGGUACAAAGAGGAAGGAAUUGUCAAAGGGUGUUGCUGAUCCUAAGACUAGGAAGUUGUCCAAGAAUAUUAUUGAUGAUGCAGAGAGGAGGAAAGCGUCCAAGGAAGUUAUUGAUUCCAAGGGCAGGAAAGUGUCUGUGGAUACUGUUGGUUCCAAAUAUUUGAAAAAAAAGUGGAAGAACAAGAAGAAUGGACGGGCUAGUAAAAGGGAAAGGAAAUUGAAUGGAGCAGCUGUAAUGAACAAACAUAUUCCAAAACAAAAGAAACUGCCUGACAUGCCCAAGAACACCAAAUUCUUGUCAAAGCCGGAUAUAUCAGGUCUAUGUGAUGUUCUACACUUUUCGGAAAAUGUCAAGGCUGUCGCUAUGAUGAUUCUUGAGUAUGUAUUCAAACAUUACGAUGUUAAUAAUUGCCGGGAAGUUUCUACAGUGCAGGCAUUUCAAAUAUCUGUGUGUUGGCUAGCAGCUUCUUUGUUGAAACACAAGAUUGAUAAAAAACAUUCAGUUGACCUUGCAAAACGGCACUUGAAUUUCAAUUGCAAGGAGGAAGAAGCCUCCUAUGUUUACAAUGAACUGCAGAAGUAUGAGAAGGAUUUUUCAAGCUGUUUACAAAAUGAACUUUGUGUUGAGAAAAGUAAUAUGAAUGGCGGUUCAGACUCCUUGACACCCGAGCUGAUUGAUUUGGUAGAGGAGGAGAAGCAGAAGGGUUUUCAGCAUCCUCAUGUUUUAAAUAGUAUGAAAUUUGCCUCAAAUGAACCCGAUCUUCCAAGAAAAUCUCCCAAAACAGUGCUAUUUUCACAAGACCAGAUUUAUACAGAAAAUUUUCAUAACGGACCUUUUAUGGCUCAUGAAAAUUCUACAUCUCAACAGACCCCUGGUAGUUUGCCUGUGGAAGCAGAUGCUACUUCCAAGGAAUCUGAUGCAGAUGAGAGAAUGAAUGCCAUGUCCUCAGUAGCAGCCGAAGUUUCAUCCCUCGAGCACCGGAAUAAAAACCCCAAUUCAAGUAAUGAUCUCAAUGAUGUCAACCCUGAUACUUGUUCUUUGAAAAGACAGUGUCCCAUUGUAAGUUCAGAGAUUACACAAUCUGAUGGAAAAGUUUCUGAAGAUCCUCAAACAUUAAUGAUUGAAGUGAUUGACAUUGACAAUUCUAUGAAUAUGUCAACUCAUCCUGCACAACUUCACAAUGUUGAGAUGGAUGCUGUAACUUGUGAUAGUACUGCUGUACCUGAGGUCAGAUAUCGGUUUGGUAUAGGGAGUCCUGUACGCGGUGAGUCAACUACUUCAGAGUUUGCAGAGGUGCAACCAUCAAACGCAAAUUUGAUGCCAUUACUGCAGAUAUUGCAGCUGCAGUCUGACUUCAAAAAGGAGUUUGAAGAGUUAGGUGAAAAGUACAGUAUGUUGCAUCAAAAUCUCGAUAUUGCAGUAGCAUUAAAGAAUAAGGAACUUGAGACACAACGUAAUAUCGUUCGCAUGCAUAUGCUAUUAGCUGAGGCUUGGAUCCUACCUGAUAGUUUCUAAAGAGUACUGCAGCACGAUGUACAGAACAUGGUAUGGGUUGUCCUUGAGCGUUAAAGCCCUAGCUGCUCCAGUUCUCAUGUAUCAAUGCACCGUGCCUCUCAUUUUCCUGCUCAAAGACUUGAACAAUUUAAGGAAACAUCCUUCCAUAAUUCACCCAUCCCUGUAACUUGCCCACUCGAAAGAUGUCCUGCAGCACAGGAUUCAGAUUAGUGAUUACCUCGAAGUUUAUUCAAUUGCAACAUUAGUGACAAGUAGAACGCCCUAGUAAAACAUAUAGACAGGUUGUACAAAGCAAGAUUCUUUUUGAAAUCUUUAGCCACUUCACCUGGCUGAUGUACUUAGUAUAGAAUUUAUAAUUAAUGUAGUCAUCUGAUGCAAUUAAUGUCAAUAGUAAAGUUCAAGAUAGUGGAGUUUGUGUGAAAGAUUUUACUUUGGUGGGACCAAUGAUGUUCUUAUAGACAACUCAUUACAUUUUGGAUAGAGUUUGAAGAAUAUAUUUUUAUAAAUAUACAUAGCAAGAGAUAUUGGAGAA